GCUGUUGUUUGUUGUGCUACGUGCCAAAGUAUUCAUUUAUGUUUUGCUUAAAGAGGUACAAAACCACCCUAGUCCUCACACACUAUCCCUGACCUCCCACAGUUCCUUAUUCAUUUCAUCCACUUGCUCUUAUAUUUUUUCUUCUCCUGAAGCUCUGUUAAUUGGCCCCCGUCUACUUCAUAGAACUUCAUUUGCUGCCUUGUCAUCUACCAUAAACCCUUUCUUUGUCCCUCCACACCAUUUGGCCACUGUUGGGGUGAGAGUGUUCUUCUCUGCAGCCCAUUUAGAGCAGUUUCCAUGAUAGCAUUGUAGAAAUUUGCUCAUUUCUACUUUUGCUAAGCUUCCCAGAGAGGAUAAAGGGGAAGAAAACAAUCCACAGUGAAGUCUAUUUAUAGUUGUGUGCUGAAAUGGCUCUUGUUUCUUUUCUCCCACUAUCUGGGUGAGUUUCAGUUCAACUAUCUUCAGUAUUCCUGCUGUGAAAGGGACAGAUGUACUUUGGAUUUUGUUUUCGAGCAUGACCUCUGUCUCAUAUUCAGCCCGAAGGAAGAAGUUUGUUAGAGUGUGGCUCUUCUGAUCUGUCUUGCAGAAUUAUGUCUAAACAACGUGUAAGCUGUGCCAGUGAUGUGAUCAAAGGAGACUGCGACUACUGCAGGCUCUUGGACUGGUAUCCUGUAAAAUCCUUAUCAACACAACACAGGAAGAGAUCAGAAGGAACAGCUUCUGUUCUGUGCAUGAAGAUGCUGGAGAGCUGUCCAAUCCUUUUGUCCAUAGUUACCAGCCUGCUCUUCAUUUUGCUGCUGCUUGCAGUGCUCAUCAGAAACAACGGCUGGGCAGCCAUUCUAUGGAAUGAAAUCGUCCUGCAGAAAAUAACCAAUUUCAUCAUGGCUCAGAGCAAAGAAGAGAGAAUUUUAAACUUCGUGCUGCAGAAUGCAAUCAAAGGGGACCCCCAGAGUGUAGUGGACACCAUAGAUAAGUACUGCUCCCAGAAGGAGUGGGCCAUGAAUGUGGGGGAUGAAAAAGGUUUGAUUCUAGAUAAGAUACUGGAGGAGACAAAGCCAUCAGCCUUGCUGGAGCUGGGAACGUAUUGUGGAUACUCUGCUGUGAGGAUUGCUCGGCUGUUAAAGCCCAGCACUUGCUUACUGACCAUCGAGUUCAACCCUGACUUUGCUGCUAUCGCCAAACAGAUGAUUGAGUUUGCUGGAGUGCAAGAUAAGGUGAAAAUUCUAGAAGGCCCUUCAGAGACAAUUAUCCCGCAGCUGAAGAAAAAGCAUGAAGUGGACACACUGGAUUUCGUCUUUCUUGAUCAUUGGAAAGAUAGAUACCUGCCAGACACCAUCCUGCUGCUUGAACAUGGCUUGCUGAGGAAGGGCUCUGUUAUCCUGGCUGACAACGUCAUCUACCCUGGGGCUCCAGAGUUCAUUAAGUACAUCCGCAAUAACAACAGUUUUGAAUGUACCAACUAUCCCUCACACGUGGAGUACAUGAAAGUGAAGGAUGCCAUGGAAAAGGCUGUGUUUUUGGGAUAAAGGGAGUCAUUGGUAUCCAACUGUUGUUUCAAGUGGUGUAAAUGCAAUUGCACAGGUUAACUGUGUCUGUGCUUCAAGUUUAGCUUUCUGUACUUUUGGGGCUGUAAUUAAAGCAAGUGAUGAUGAACAAGAUGGGUUUAAAGAGGGAAACGAAGGUCUAGUGAGCAUGUGCAUAAGUAGGGUAGCCUGCCGAAGAUUUAGAUGCAGGGGCCUGGUUUUUUCUCUUUUCAGAUGGCUAUCUGCAUCCAAGAUGAUAUACAUUCCCUUAAGGUGAUCUGCUUCUUGCCAAACAGCAAAAAUCAAUCUUUUUACUUUGAGUUCAAACCCUACCAGUCCAGAGUGAAAUAAACUCUCAGCAGUCGCUGUGAUUUUCUGUGUCCUUAAGCCAAAACAGACUAAUCGCUUCUAAGAGCGAGAAAGAUACAGUUUGCAGGGAAGGAAUAGUUCAGCAGCUCUGAUUUUGCUAAAUAACUGGCAAUGCACCGCUGUGAAGAAUCCUGUGGUUACAUCACAUGCAUUCUUCGGUAGCUACCAGUAAAAAUUCAUUGUGUUCUGUGCUGGAGAAAACAAAACAGUUUGACAGUGGGCAAGGCAGACAAGAUAAUUAAUGUGAUUGUGGGGGAGAGGCCAGGAAGGCUACACAAAAUAAAGGGGUGAAAAUAUACAUUUCCAGGGUACUUUUACCAGAGAAGUAGCAUUAAACUUCUUUAUAAUGAACUACCGAACGCACAUAAACCGCCAAGACCUUGAUAAAAUGCUGUUUUCCAACCCUUUGCAUUGACCAUAACCAAUGCAAGCUCUUUGGGGACAGGAUACGCUUCUUACUGCAGGCCAAGAGCUGCAUAAAUGCAAGAUGCUGGCUGAUGAUUUAUAAUAGGACACAACAGGCUGUGCCUUUCUGGGCGAUUAUUGUACACCCUGGGUUGUGUUCACAUUACAGUAAAUACUAAGGAUUAUUAUUAAGGUACAAGACCAAACCCCAAGUGACUUAAUUCACCCAAAUGGUGCAAUAAUCCACUGGCAGGGCACUUCUCAGCGUGUCUUAUUGCUGUUGCACAACUGUGUAAAAUUCAAAAUUUAAAAGUAAAAAUUAAGGGGAAAAAAAUGACUUGUGCAGUUA